AUGUCCACAGGGACCACUUCUCCAGCAGAAAUCCUUGCGAAACCGACAUGGUCCGUCCGGUCGCUUCUAUCGUCGCCCUCCAACGACGCCGCGAAAGAUGACAAGAUCACACCGAAACAACUACAUCACCUUCUAAAGCUGUCGGCGCUUCCUCUGCCCAAGACUCCAGAAGAAGAAUACUCCAUGAUUGCAACCCUUCAAAGUCAACUGCAUUUCGUACGCGCAGUCCAGCGCGUCGACACAAGAGGCGUGAAACCCUUGCACGCUAUCCGCGACGAGACAGAUCAGGGCACGCAGGAGGAAACCAUCACAUUGGACAAGAUGAAAGGGCUGCUCGAGGAAGAAGUGCAAGUCGGGUAUUACAAAAGGCCAAAGAGGGUGAAAACAAAGGUCGAAAGCGAAGCAGAAGACUGGGACGCGCUGGCCACGGCGUCCAGAAAGAGAGGUCGAUUCUUCGUAGUCCAGGGAAAGAAAGCAGGCGAGGCUGCGUAG